CUUGAUUUGUUCUAUCCCUGUGACCACCCUCUCCCUCACACUGUUCUGCGAUCCUUCGGACGAGCCAGUCUUCAGCAACAGUUUCUGAUGCCAGCAGGGCCAGCCUCCGAACAGCAGCCACGACGCAGCAAGAGGAUCGCCGAUCUCCAACAGCGACAGCAACCUCCAGUUCCACAACCGCCACAGACCAGUACUCAGAUGGCGAACACGCCACACAGCGGAUCAUCAUCCGAGGGUUCGACAGCUAGUAAUGCCGAACCUUUACCGGUCUGUCCGGUGCAAGGGUCGAAUGAGCCCCUCCCGGACUUCAUUCAGAGAAUGCAGGAAUAUACAGCCGCACUCACCCAGGUCAAGGAACAGCAAGAGGCUGCCGCAGCCGAAAGACUACGGCUAGCAGAGGAAGCUGCAGCACAAACCCGGCGUCAAGCAGAGGCAGACCGGUUCGCGAUCAAUCAGCUCAACGCCACCAGCACUGAACGUGUAAGUGCUAACCAAGCACAAUGGACAGCGGUGCUCAACGGGAUGCGUUAUGUCCCGAUACCCGGCAGCGAGCCGACAACAGUACAGCAGGAGAGGCAAGACCUGGCAGAUAUUCUACUCCAUACAAUGCGCGCCGUCAUUUGGAACAGCACCAUGGGGGAGCUGCAUUCCCAGUCCACACUGCAGCUGCAGCACGAUCUGAGCCACAACGUGAUGAUACUUGCAGCAGCUGUCAAGGUCGCAGACAACCAGCUGAAACAGCUAGAUGCACGCAUUGCUACCUUGGAGGCAAGGCCUCCCCAAGCUGCGCCAGGCUGCACGACAUAUAUGACAGACAUGACGAAGCAGCUCCAUGGGCGCAUCGAUCAUGUUGUCAAUCUCAUCGGUGACAUAGGUGUUUUCAAUGGGCCGGACACGAUCAGUAGCACGGUGGCCGCCAUCAAGACGGACAUCACCAAGCUGCAGACGAAACCGGACGCCGCCACGAAGAAUUACAAGAUGCCGCACUUCGACAUCAACAAGUUCGACGACCACAACAAGACGGACGCUUUGGCAUGGUGGCAACGUUUCCUCACGGAAGCAUCAUGCCGCACUGUCCCGGCCGACGACAUGAUGAAGGCGCUAUACUUACAACUGAUCGGAGGAGCGCAGGCAUGGAUGAACCAUCUGGCGACUACCCACAAAUGCAGCAUCGCCGAACUCCACACGCACCUCACGUGGAAAGAGUUCGAGAAGCUAUGGUUCACCCGGUUCAUGGUCCGCAACGUCGUGAAGGCGGCCAUGAACGAGGUGUACACCUGCUCUCAAGGGAGUAUGCCAACUCGAGACUGGACAACCAAGUGGCAGAAGAUAGUGACCACGCCAGGCUUCGAUUUGAGCUUUCCAAAUCAACGAUCCGAGUUUUUCUCGCGAUCGUGCGCAGGAUUGCGGUCGGCACUCGAUAAUGAGUACGACUAUACCUCGUUCCAGGCUAUCCUGGAUCGCGCAAACCUGGUCAUCCAAACGGACGACAAGGCCACUAACGAGAAACAAUCCCAGCCGCAUUAUGUGGCUAAGCAGGGCUAUCAACGUCCGACAUAUAACAAUGCCGUGAUUUAUGAAGAAACAGACAAUCUCCACGCUGCAGCAGCAUCCUCGAGUGAUGGAGGAAUUGUAGCAGCGCUCCCGCCGAAGCGUCCCAAAAGAGUUCGGAAGAACAAGGCGACACAUGAGACGACAUCGACGGGAACUGGGCAACAACCAUGGACGACUUACAAGAUAACCAAGGAUGUCUAUGACCUUCGACAAAAGUACGGAUACUGCCUUUGGUGCAACGGCGUCAUGCAUUUGACCGCACAAUGCCCCGAAAAGGGCAAGACACGCCCGGUGUCUUUUGACAUCCUCGACACCAAGUUCGACAUGAUUCUAGGCAUGUCUUGGUUGCGUAGCGUCGAUCAUCCGGUGAACUUUCAUGACCGAACCGUUCACAUCCGUGAUCGGAACGGAGUGUUAGUCCCAUGUACAAUCGCGACCCCUCACACUUCGAUUGCUUGUCAAGUGGUUUCCGUUGCAAGAAUUCUUGACGCCAUUGCUCGGAAUGACGUCGAGGAGAUGGGCCUUGUAUUCUUGCAUGCUCUCCCCUCGCCGGACGGACCAGCCGCGUCACCGCCGGACCCACGCAUUUCUCACCUCUUGGACGAGUAUAGAGACGUCUUCGAGGCUCCCACCGGAACGGUUCCGGAUCGGCCCAUACGUCACGGGAUCACUCUCGAGGYUGGCGCCGUCCCUCCGCGUGGAUGUAUCUACCGCAUGAGCGAAGAGGAACUCGAGUUGCUUCGCGCACAACUCGAUGAUCUUCUCGACAAGGGAUGGAUUCGCCCUAGUUGCUCGCCAUACGGUGCCCCUGUUCUCUUUGUCUGGAAGAAGAACAAAGAUCUACGGUUAUGCAUCGAUUAUCGAAAACUUUACGCACAAACCGUAAAGAACGCCGGCCCUCUUCCUCGGAUUGAUGAUCUUCUUGAGCGGUUAGGCGGCGCGACGUACUUCUCGAAGUUGGACUUGAAGUCAGGUUACCACCAGAUUGAAAUCCAGCCUCAAGAUCGGUACAAGACCGCGCUCAAGACGCGGUACGAACAUUUUGAGUGGGUUGUCAUGCCCUUUGGCCUCACCAAUGCCUCCGCGACUUUCCAAGCAGCGAUGACGACUGAGUUUCGCGACUUGCUCGAUCGCAGCGGCCUCAUCUGCCUUGAUGACAUCUUGGUUUACAGUAGGACGUUGGACGAGCACAUCGUACUCCUUCGCGUUGUUCGAGAUCGUUUGCGACUAGCCAAGUACAAAGCGAAUCUCGACAAGUGCGAAUUCGCCARGCAAGAGCUUGAGUACUUGGGUCAUUUUGUCACGCCGAAAGGCAUUCGGCCCUUAGUGGACAAGAUCCAAGCCAUCGUGGAKUGGCCGGAACCCCGUUGCACGACGGAUGUACGCUCUUCCAUGGGUUUGGCUGGAUAUUAUCAGCGAUUCGUCGAGUCAUACUCGAAAGUGGCUGCUCCUUUGUCGAGACUUUAGCUCAUGAAAUCAACUGAGAUGGACUCACCUGAUUCACUCGGAAUUAGUAAUGGUGUCAUGAGACCAAGUGGAUUCUCAUGUGAAGACUUGGCAGCAAAGGAUGGAAUGCAUAAUGCGUCAAAACAGAUGCUGAUGGAUAUAGUCACUACUCGGUCAAGGUAUCAGAGGGAGAUAAUUGCGGAGACCUACGAGUCUGUAUAUUUAACUCCAUUGGCGAAGGAGAUCAAGUCAACCUUGAGUGGUCAUUUUCGAGAUGGCGUUUUGGCCCUUAUUCUUCCUCGUGCAGUCACGGAUGCAGAGCGUCUUUAUCGCUCGAUGAAGGGACUUGGAACCGACGAGCACAGUCUGCGCGAGAUCAUCUGUAGUCGUGACUCCCAGGAGCUGAAGGCCAUUGCCGAGGUGUAUGUGGGGAUGUAUAAGAGAGAGCUGGUAGCCGAUAUCAGGGGCGACUGCAGCGGGCAGUUCUGCAAGCUCCUUUGCAAUCUUGUGCAUGGGUCGAGGGGUGACGGUUACGUCGAUCCAUCUCGAUCACGACAGGCCGCCGCCAACCUUCAUCGGGGUGCAUCUAAUUUCCUGGACGUCCUAACAACGGAGAGUUUCGUUCAGCUCAACGCAAUUUUCAUGGCCUUCAGGCGACUGAAAGGGGACAGCAUUUUCACAUGUUUGAAGAACGCGCAUUCGGGCGAAGUCUACAAGUCCCUUAUCUUCAUCGCCAUGUUUGCGAUCUGUCCACCGGAGUUCUUUGCCAACAUGUUGCACGGCAAAUUGGAGGAACCGAAGAGUGCCAAAGGUGCACUCAUUGAUAUUAUCUUGCGAAGGUGUGACAUUGACCUUUACGACAUAAAACAAGUUUACCAGUACAAGACAGGAAUUCAUCUUCGAGACGUCAUCACUCAAGAAACGAAAGGAGAACUACGCAACUUGCUCUUGUUGGCCCUGAAAUGAGGACACCAGACCGAAUUCAAGUGAACGCAGAAUUAUUGGGAAAGGGCAGGUCAGUAGGAGGAAGAGGAAGAGGAAGAGGAAGAGGAAGAGGAAGAGCGCAAGCGGCCACUACCAUUCCCCCCCAUGCCAGGUGUGACCUUGACCUUGAUGACAUCAAGCAAGUUUACCACCUGCAUACAUAAGCCAGGAGCUCGGAGAACAUCGCCACUCAAGAGACGAAAGAAAUAAGCAGACGAGAAACGGAAGGAGGCAACGAGACGCUCACAACUUGCUGUUGUUGGGCGAGAUCAGGAAGAGGAACUUCAAGCGGACGAGCGCAAGCGACCACUACCAUUCCCCACGCCAGGUGUGCCAUUUUGACCCUGAUUGACGACAUCAACAAGUUCACCCAGUCAGUAUAUAUAUAUAUAAGCCAGGAGCUUCAAUACAUCACAACUCAAGAAACGAAAGGAGACAACGACUCGGAGACGUUUGCAACUUUUGCUGUUGUUGGCAGGACAAUGAUAACAGCACUACCAAGUCACGGGAAAGCGGAAUUAUUGCAAGAGGGGAGGUCAGGACUCGCGCAAGGUACUGCUAUCGUUCCCCAUGCCAGGUGUGACAUCGACCUCGAUUGAUGACAUCAAACAAGUUUACCAGUAUAUAAGCCGGGAGCUUGGAGACAUCGCCACUCGAGAAGUGAAAGGAGACAUCGGAGACAUUCGCAACUUGCUGUUGUCGUCACUGAAAUGAGAACACCGCUAGGAAUUCACGGGAAGGCAGAAUGAUUGCAAAAGGGGAGGUCAGGAGGAACGCAAGCGACUACUAUCAUUCCCCAUGCCAGAGAAUCCUGCACAGCUCAAGUAUUGGCACUACUCCGUGAACGGGGGACUUCGAUGAGCGCACACACGGGAGCUCAGAACUUGGGUCAGUGAAUGAUGUCGGUGAGAGAGAGAGAGAGAGAAACAGCGAAGCACUGUGUCCAUAUGGGAACACUUUUUUUCCGUAUCACUGAUAAUAAGAGUAGUAGGAGGGGGAGCACACGUCCUAGACUCACACAUUGCAUUUUCGUUUCACAACACUUGAAGCAGCGAGCAGAGACCAAAUUGCCGGGGGAAGGGGGGGGGGGUGCCAAAUGGAGAAUUCAAACCGAGAAGAAGGAACAGCCCUGGCAAAACACACACAUAUUCAAGGCCGGAGCUCAAUCCUGGAGGAAGCAGUGGUGCUUACAUUUGUCGGCCGGAGUUCAAUCCUACAGAACAUUAUCGUGCUGCAGUGUCAGCAGACUUCAAUGUUUUUUUUGUCCUCUUGUUGGCGAGCAAAGGAAGAAGAUGGCAUCAUGAGGCUCGUGGUUUGUACAGUAGGUCAGCCGGUAGUUGCCGAAUCAGAUGAGGAUUCGGACUAUUUUCAUAGUCAACGAAACUCGGUCAGUUAGUUACUGAUCGGUGUGAGGAUUCAUAGUGCAGGAAACUCAGUCAGUUAACUCAGUUAGUCAACUCAGUUACUUAGUUAACUCAGUUAGUUAGUUACUUAGUUACUGAUCUGUGUGAGGAUUCAUAGUGAAGGAAACUCAGUUAGUUAGUUAGUUAGUUAGUUACUGACCAGUGUGAGGACUCAUAGUGAAGGAAACUCAGUUAGUUAACUCAGUGAGUUAGUUAGUUAGUUGCUGAUCGGUGUGGAGGCCGGGAGUGGCCAGCAACAGCUUCUGCCAGGCAGCAGCAGAUGAUGGUCAGGUGUUAUGGGAACAAAGUACGAACAAGUCCGAAAAACACAGCAAGCUCAAAUGACGGUAUUCCGUCAGCUCUGGACGUGAUUGCAGCCAGAUGCGUUCACUCUGGACGUGAUUGCAGCCAGAUGCAUUCACUCUGGAUGUGAUUGCAGCCAGAUGCAUUCAGUCUGGACGUGAUUGCAGCCAGAUGCAUCACGUUCAGCUCAUGGAUUGGCUAGAAUGUUGUUUGAAAGGGAAUAGGAAAAAAAUGAAAAAAAUGACUUCGUGUGUGUCAUUGAGAUGACACCAUCUGUGAAAUGACGUAACUGAACGAUGGUGCAGAAGCAGCAGAACAUGAUGAAGGAGGUCUGAUUUCUUGCUUUGUUUCUUUGUUUCUUUUUUUUUUUGGGGGGGGGAAAGAAAUAGGACAUUGGUCCUGGCUCCUUUCUAUGUUCUGGCAGUUGAUUGGGGAUUCCUUUUCCACUAGCAAGUCCUCAACUCGUCGUAGAUCACACAGCGACGGAGACCGUAAGUCCAGCGCUUCCUCGCGCACGCUCCAGACGACGGAAUCGAACCCCUGAUCAGCAUAUAUUGAUUGCUUCAGAAUCUGAUUAGGACGAUGGACUGUCAGGUAUGCCACGUAGUCUCCUCCUAGGUGGGUCUUGAUCUUCCUAAUGCCUACCUUUCACUCAACCUCCUCGUACUUCAAGUUGUCGAGACGAGUGAGUUUUCUGCCCCACUGUGGACUGAAGCCGGGGUUUUGAAUCGUUUGAUCCUCAGGCGGUGAUGCAUGCUCAUCUGAAGAUGAGUGAUGCACAUGUACAGGACUCGAAACAAAAUGAUGUAAUGAUG